CAAAUGGUUUGAGUUAUGCUGUAUUGUUUCAUUGCCUCUUGGCAGGUAUGCUAUGCCAAAGUAUUGGACUACAGACACAAAUUUAUUGAGGCAGCUCAGCGGUACAAUGAGCUCUCGUACAAGCCAAUUCAUGAGGCCGAGCAAAUGAUUGCUCUCAGGAAUGCUCUCAUUUGUACAAUCCUGGCCUCUGCUGGUCAGCAAAGAUCACGUAUGCUGGCCACACUGUUCAAAGAUGAGAGGUGUCAGCAGCUACCUGCCUACAACAUUCUGGAAAAGAUGUAUCUAGAUCGCAUCAUCAGGAGGAGUGAGCUGGAAGACUUUUCAGUGCUAUUGCAGCCACACCAAAAGGCGACAAUAGCCGAUGGAAGCACAAUAUUGGACAGAGCUGUAGUGGAGCACAAUUUGUUGUCAGCCAGCAAACUUUACAACAACAUCACAUUUGAAGAGCUGGGUGCUCUGCUGGAAAUACCAUCAUCUAAGGCAGAGAAAAUAGCUUCACAGAUGAUCACUGAAAGCAGAAUGAAUGGCUACAUUGACCAGAUUGAUUCUAUUGUCAAUUUUGAAAGCCGUGAGAUCUUACCAUCGUGGAACCAACAGAUCGAGAGUCUCUGCUUCCAGGUGAACAACAUCAUUGAGAAGAUUGGUUCCGUUGCACCCAACUGGAUGAGUCGGGCAUUAGAAGAGCACAUGACCACAUAAAUCUGAUCUUGGACUUGUCCUUUUCACCAAGUUUCUUCCUAAAACCUCCAGUCGCUUGCCUAAGCUGUUAGAUACCUAAGCAGACUUGUUUCUCACUACACCUUUUCCGCUAGGGCGGCAGUUGGGACAGUAAAGAGCAUUCAUUUUGAGCCAGCUACACUUACCUUCCUCAAUUGUGCUAGGUACAUGUACAGGUAGGUCCAUUGUUUAAAAGAACACUCAUUACCAAGUUUCCCUCAUUGACAAAUCUGAAAAUGUCCAACUUUCUGGCAGAUGACAUAUGGCAGAUGACGCUGGCUCUUCUUUAUGUGCCUGCACAGUGCAUUGACAGCACUUCUGCAGUCAGCAGUAACUGCAGCAUCAGGAAGUUGUGAGCUAGCUGCUUGAAUGUCCCUACCUUUCACUUGAGAUGCUGUGAAAAGCUUGCUGGCCAAAUUUUUCACUGACGACUGAACCUAAUAGUUAACAGUAUACAGUCUAAUGCAAUUUGUACAUGCAUAAAGUGGUAAUGACCACCUAGUUAAUAGCUGCUACAUAAUGGAAGUGGGAAGCAUUUAUAAGCCAAGUUCUACCAAAGGACUAGAUGAAUUUUUUUUAGAGUACAGCUCUUAGGCACAAAUUCCUGCUGCGAACGUUGGCGUCGUACCUUGUAACCGAGCAAAAGAUGAGAGUGAACACGGAUCGCAGCGGGUGAUGAAAGACUGCGAGAGCAAAGAUAGCGCGAGGAGGAAAGCAGAGAAGGUUGCAGUGGAAUCAUGAGGCAGAGAGCGGAUGAAGAGGGUAUGGCGAAAGCGUGAGAAGAAAAGCAUAGGGCCGCUCAAGACGAACUAUGCCAACGAUGGCUACGAGGUGGCACCAAGUAGCUCACGUCGUUAGGGUGCCUCGAUGCGCUCGCUUGCCUCCGCUCCAUUCGCGGGGGCGCGCAUCGAAGCACUCUAUGUGUCGUCUGUUCCCCAAAGCGCUGCAUGAGCGCAAGGAAGCCUGUCUGCUGCGGCUGCUGUGAAUUGCGCCCACGUGUCAGCCAUGCGCUGCGUCUCGCGAUCUCUCGAUUAGCGAGGAAGUCGUGCCACACGUCACUCCGUUUGGAACGUGCCGCACGAGACAUUGUCUGCGCCAAUGAAUAUAUCACGAAAUGAAAAUACGUAUAGAGCUGCACCCAAAUUUUGCAUUAAAG